UAUGUGUUUCAUAGGUAGAUUCUGAUGGUGAGAGUUUUGAGCUUCCUGGGUUGCCCCACAAGUUGGAGAUGACACGCUCGCAGUUACCGGAUUGGCUCAGAGCACCAAAGCCCUAUACCUAUUUAAAGAAGAUGAUUAAAGAAUCAGAGAAAAAGAGCUACGGGUCACUGUUCAAGAGCUUUUACGAGUUUGAGGGAGCUUACGAGGAGCAUUACAAGAGGGUCAUGGGUACUAAGAGUUGGAGUAUAGGACCAGUUUCGUUGUGGGAGAACCAAGAAGAGUUGGACAAGGCUGGUAGAGGGCAUGCAAAAGAAGGAGAAGGAAAAAGAACAGACGAAGAGUUGAUGAGAUGGCUUGAUUCGAAGAAAGAGAACUAUGUUUUGUAUGUGAGUUUUGGGAGCAUGAACAAGUUCCCUACUGCACAGCUUGUUGAAAUAGCCCACGCACUUGAAGAUUGUGGACAUGAUUUCAUAUGGGUGGUUAGGAAAAACGACGAUGAUGGGGAUAGGGGUUUCCUGGAGGAAUUUGAAAAGAGGGUGCAAGAAAGCAACAAAGGAUAUCUGAUAUGGGGUUGGGCACCACAGCUUGCUAUACUAGACCAUCCUGCUACUGGGGCAGUGGUGACUCACUGUGGGAUGAACACUGUGUUUGAAAGUGUGAUUGCAGGAUUGCCAUUGGUGGCUUGGCCUAUAUUUUCGGAGCAGUUUUUCAAUGAGAAGUUGGUGGUGGAUGUGUUGAAAAUUGGAGUUUCGGCUGGAGCAAAAGAAUGGCGAAACUUGAAUGAUUUUGGGAGUGAAACAGUGAAGAGGGAGGAGAUUCGAAAAGCAAUUGUUUUGGUGAUGGGUGGAGAAGAGUGUGUAGAAAUGAGGAAGAGAGUGAAAGUGUUGAGUGAUGAAGCAAAGAAAGCGAUUCAGAGUGGUGGCACUUCUCAUAACAAUUUGAAAGAGCUUAUUGAAGAGCUCAAAUCAGUCAAACUUCAAAAGGGUAUAUAAUAAUACCACUCAAAAGCUUCGAAAGCCGUGUGGAAGAUGUUAGAUCGUGAGAGUUAUCAGCUUUUAUUUAUUGUUAAUGUAUCGUUAGUGCUGUUACCAUCUAUGAUCA